AUGAUCCGAGUGCCACUCUCGUGGUAUCACAGCUCAACCCACGCCUUCUACCCGGACGAAAGGCACUCAGCAAUUCGCCGUGUCUUCGAAUCACCCUCCAACCAUCACCCCUCAAGACGAAACUUUUGCGGCUUUUGCGGCACGCCGCUGUCCUACUGGACCGAGAGACCCCUUACCGAGGCAGGGUUCAUCCACCUGACCCUUGCGAGCCUGCGAGGCGAAGACCUACGAGAUCUGGAAGAUCUGGGGCUGAUUCCAGAGUUUGAAGAGCCGGAAGAACAGCCCGCUGUUCCGACAACAACCACGGUAAUUGGGAGAGAAACCCAGGGCGUCCCUUGGUUCGAGGGCAUGAUCGAGGGCACCCGUUUGGGCAACCUGCGUCACAGCCAGGUUGUUGAUCAUAGCAAAGACGGGAAAAUCAGGGUUGAGUGGGAGAUUGUAGAGUGGACCGAGGGAGAUGAUGCUCCCGACGUAGCCCCAGCAGCGGAGGGCGACGUUAAUAUGACAACAAAUCAUCCCGGAAAACGCAAAAUGAACGACCGAGAAGACGAGGAUGCGGCUGUCGACGGCAUGCAUUAA